AUGAGCAUCAUGUACGUGAGUUAUCUUUUGGAUAAAGAAACCAGCAUGUAUCCAGGAUCCGUAAGGUGCAGCAACAACAACAACAACCUGCCAGUGCAAAACUUUGUCUCCACUCCAUCCUAUUCAGAUUACAUGGGAUAUCAUCAUGUGCCAAGUAUGGACAACCAAGGACAGUCUUCGGGAGCUUGGGGAUCUCACUAUGGCACGCAAAGGGAGGAUUGGAAUACUUAUGGCCCAGGACCCUCCAGCACAGUUACUGCUGCACAAAUCAAUGGCUCGUCUCCUGGGCAGAUCUCCUACAGCUCUGCUGAUUACAAUUCCCUGAAUCCUGCUGGAUCUGGGGUUUUACCUCCUGUAGGUACAAUUAACACAGAGCAAAUCUCUCCCAACAGUCAAAGGCACAGCUCUUAUGAAUGGAUGAGGAAAACGGUGCAAUCCACUUCCACAGGUAAAACAAGAACAAGAGAGAAGUACCGGGUGGUUUACACAGAUCAUCAGAGAUUAGAACUGGAGAAGGAAUUUCAUUACAACAGAUACAUUACAAUCAGGAGGAAGUCUGAACUUGCAGCAAAUCUAAGACUUUCCGAGAGACAGGUGAAAAUCUGGUUCCAGAAUCGCAGAGCCAAAGAAAGAAAAUUAAUGAAGAAGAAAAUGACUCAUUUUGAUGGCACCAGCCUUAGCUCUAUGCAGAGUGACUCUGGCUCAGUGAGCCCCAUCCCAGGACAUAACCCACAGACUCAUUCGGAAAUGUCCAGUUCUUUAUUUCCCCCGCCACCUCCUCCACUUCCAAUGAAUAGCUUACAGCACAAUGGGAACCUUCAGCAGGUUGUGGCCUCUCAGUAA